AUGAUUUGCUCUAAUAAUGUUUGUUUACGCUAUAUUAUUUCCUUUAUACGUUGGUUACCGGUAAUUUUCAUUCUUGCUUUGCUUUGUUGGGCAUACUUUGCAUACGUCGUACAGUUAUGUUUCUUUACGGUAGAAGGAACUUUCGAACGUUCUGUGUAUCUCUUUGUCUUUCAUUUACUGUUGUUUAUGUUUCUUUGGUCAUACUAUGUAACGAUUUUUCGACCAGUUGGCCGACCACCCAAAAUGUUUUAUGUUGAUUCACAAACGCGACAAGAUCUCUCUAGUUUGGAGGAAUCUGAAUGCAGAGAAAUCUUAGAACGUUACGUAAGGCAACAUCAGAUUCCAGUGGAUAACCGUAAUGGUGAUGGGAGCAUACGCUACUGUUACAAAUGUAAUUGCAUCAAACCUGAUCGAUGCCACCAUUGCUCUGUUUGUGGUCACUGCGUUUUGAAGUUUGAUCAUCACUGCCCGUGGGUGAAUACGUGUAUCAAUUAUUUCAAUUAUAAAUUUUUCCUUCAAUUUCUGUUUUACGGUCUCAUUUUGUGCCUUUGGGGUAUACUUACAGAUUUGCAAUAUUUCAUUGCAUUCUGGAAAAACGCUUUACGACUAGGUGCUGGUUUUAGCCGCUUCCACAUCGUUUUUCUCUUUUUUGUGGCUGGAAUGUUCGCGGCUUCUAUUACCUGUCUCUUCGUAUAUCACGUAUAUUUGACGGCUCGAAAUCAAUCUACAAUUGAAUCAUUUCGACCUCCUGUAUUCAUUUAUGGUAUUGAUAAAAAUGGCUUUAAUCUUGGCAUACGACGCAAUUUCAAACAAGUUUUUGGUGACACAUACCUUUUCUGGUUCCUACCUAUAUUUUCAUCGAAUGGAAGUGGUAUAACUUUUCAUCAAAAAUACUUUCGAGCUGAACGGAAAAAGCUUCUACUUCCGGAUUCAAAUGAUGAUGACGAUAUAGUACGUGAAAUAUAA